UUCUGUUCACAUUCUUUGCAUCGUUCCUUACUUCCUUCUAAAAAUUGUGAUGCAGCCUCAAACUAAAAAAUACCUUGCAGACCUGGCACUGUUUGCCUUGUCGCAGGCUGCGUUUUACUAUGCGUUCAAGUACAUUAUAUCAUCCAUGGAUCCACUGAAGACAAAGAAGAAGGAUGCGCAUGAAAAGAGUGCCAAGGUCCUGGAUCGGCUCGGGCACCGCGAUAUUAAACUUAAUGAGUAUGAACAAGUGAUUGCUUCAGAAGUGAUCCAUCCAGAGGACAUCAAGGUCGAUUUUGAUCAGAUUGGUGGAUUGGAUCCGAUUAUCCGUUCUCUACGCGAGAGUGUUAUUUUGCCCCUGAAUCACCCUGCGUUGUUCACAAGCGCUUCUGGAUUGUUGGGCGCACCUAAAGGAGUAUUGUUGUAUGGACCUCCGGGAUGUGGCAAGACCAUGCUGGCCAAGGCUCUCGCCAAGGAAUCAGGUGCAACAUUUAUUAAUAUGCACGUUUCAACUUUGACUGACAAGUGGUUUGGAGAAUCCAACAAACUUGUUGCAGCCUUGUUCUCUCUUGCACACAAGAUGCAACCAGCCAUUAUCUUUAUAGAUGAAAUCGACUCUUUCUUGAGAGAACGCAGGAGUAACGAUCAUGAAAUCACGAGCAUGAUGAAAGCCGAGUUUAUGAGCAUGUGGGAUGGUCUUACAACUGGCGAGGACACUAGGAUCAUUGUUCUGGGAGCUACCAACCGUCCAAACGAUAUUGACUCUGCUAUUCUCAGGAGAAUGCCAAAACGGUUUGCGAUUAAAUUGCCUUCAGACGAGCAGCGCAUGAACAUUUUAAAGUUGAUGCUUUCUUCGACUAAACUCGAUCCAAGCUUUGACUUCAAAAAGCUGGUACAGAAGACAGCUGGGUUUUCAGGAAGCGAUUUGAAGGAAGCUUGCAGGAAUGCAUCCAUGCUGCCCCUGCGCGAGUAUCUGCGUUCAAAGGGGUCAGAUACGAAAGGGGCUCUUGAGGGAGUAGUCUUGGAUCGGGAUGAAGUGCGCCCAUUGCGUCUGUCAGACUUCUUCCAGCAUGAUGCCACCGAGGAAUCAUCAUCGCAUGUCAUUUUGGAACAGGAGUCUGUUGACUAAACCAAAGGACAAGCAACAGAUGAAAAAAAAAAAAUUUAAAGAUUUAUAGAAGUUGAACAAAAGAUAAAGUGUCGAGCAUAUAAUUUUCUGUACGAUAUUUGAUCCAUAAACGAGCAAUGUGGUAGUUUUUUAC